AUGCGGCCUAUUCUUGACAACAGCAACAUCGAGAAAUGCCCAAAGCAGAAUAAUAGAAUCGACAGCCUUCCACCUGCCCCAUCAACAAUUACCAAAGAGAUGUUCCGUGUACCAGUGCCCCUCUACAACGAAGCAGAACAAAUAUCGGCUCUGGCAUUCUACGCAGACAAGGGUUUGGCAUAUGUUCCGGCACUCCAUAGCGGAUACGAUUCAUGGCAAGCUAGCGCCUGCGCGACAUUGGAGUUUUCUCUUCGGAUAUUUGUUCAUGGUCUGAAUCUUUGGAACUGGCAUAUGGCAGAACAAAAAGCCCCUGUUGCAGAAAAUACUAGGGCUUGUAGCGAGGGGCGGAUUUGGAAUGAGAACGGUCAUUUGGUUGCAAGCAUGACCCAACAGACUAUUUUACGGCCUAAUGCCGAUCUAGGGGCUCGCUCAUGA